CUGGCUCCUGAGACUUAAACAGGGAUCAACAGCCGGUUGAUUCCUGCCUCAUGGCGCCAAUCUCUGUGCCGGAAUCUCUCCACAUUAUUUUCCGAGAUGAUAGCCUACCAAGACGCCGCCACUUGAGCGCCCGCAAGAGCGCCACGUAACGCUGCAUUUCUCCAUCCGGAGGCUCGUUAUUACACCCAGCGCCGUGAGUAAGGACCUGCCAGCCCAGUCGCAGAUAUGAAGCAGCACUCCUGGAUCAUCUCUCAAGAAUCUUGAGUCUAGAGAAGUUACAAUGGCCUUUAUUACGCCAAGGUCGAUCGUUGGGCAGCGCGCAGCCAGUCGGUCCUUACCUAGCGCCUACCAAACCCAGACUCCUAAUGUCCGCUCCCUUCUCUAUUUGUCAUUACUCCUAGGCGCGGUGCUUGCCCGCCUGCCUGCGCGUGGUAGGUGCCACGGACAGUUCCGCGAGCAUGCUGGCACCACUUAUUCCCUCUUGUUCGCCGCUGCCCUGCAAGGUCGACAAGUCGGCAACACCUAAGGUACUUGGUAUCAAAGUCAUCACCUGGGUCUGUGCCCCAGUUUCUUUGUAUGAUUUGCCGGUAGCGCCAUCAGGUGAUGAGUGGCGUAUGCGGUGCUAAUGCAGCUCUCUCGACGGACCCUUGCACUCCAACGUCAC